AUGUCCUCGGAGUGUAGUACAAUGGUUCAACCAGCAUUUGCUCAUGAAAACAAUCAAUUCAAAAGUUUUACAAGUAAUAGUUGUAGUACAGAGAGUAGUAUCAGUGCUUCAGAGUAUGCCACAACAAUAGCUGCCAUGAAACAUCAACAACACUCAGAUAUCUCCUCGCAACAACAUCCCCAAUACAUUGAAACGUUAUUGGAUCUAAUCGAUGAGGAAGAAAGCAACUCGGAUGUGGACAAUAUGUGUCAUGUCGAUUUUUCAAAAUCUACUGCGAUGGAUUUUGAGAGUACUUCAGACGAGGAACCAUCCAAUGCUUCUCUCGACUUGUCAGAUGAAGACGACAACCAAAACAGCAGCUCUUACAAUGAAGACUCAAAAACACAACAAGAAAAAUACGCAGAGCCAUCUUCAUCCUCUCUCUUUUCCGACUUACCGAGUGCCUCUAACAUGCUCCGAAACUCUACGAGAAGCAUUCUUGCUCCAACCUCCAAGCUAUUGAGUCAUUCUCAAGGACUUGUUUGUUCAGUUUUUCAAAGUUUAAGUCAUGGCAGCAAUAGCUCCUGGAGCGUUUCUCCUGCGACAUCUCCUUCCUCUAACAACCUUUUCAAACAUUUCCAUUCAUCAUUGCUCGGAAUGACUUCUCCCCAGUACAUUUCCUACAAGAAUUUAAAUAACACCAAUAUUUCUUCUCCUAGGUUAUCCACGACUAGUAUCCCACAAUAUUUAUCCAGAAAACAAUGGUUACAACAAAAACCAUCUAGUACCACUUCUCAACCUUCUUCAGACUCUCCCUUUGUGAAUGAACCACGAAAACAAGCAUGUGGAUUUGGAAUUGGUAAGAAAUAUGCUCCUCCACGAUCUUCAGACGAUUCCGACUACGCAGAACAAUGUGGAGAAGAUGCUUUCUUUACUUUUGAAAAUGAUUCUUUCACCAUCAUUGGUGUUGCUGAUGGUGUUGGAGGAUGGAUCGAUCAAGGUGUCGAUCCAUCACACAUUAGCAAUCAACUCAUGCUCAACUGUAAAUUAAUUUGUGAGAGAGAAAUUAACAAUACAAGUUUUUUGUCGAAUCCAAAUAAGAUCAUGCAAGCAGCAUAUGAUAUGAUUGUCAAUGAAAAACAAGUCCAAGCAGGAAGUACCACAUGCUGUGUGGCAUCUUUUGACAAGAAGAACAACAUUUUGAGAACGUCGAAUUUAGGAGAUUCGACGUGUGCAGUGUUCAGAAACGGUGCUUGUAUCUUUGUUACGCAAGAGCGACAACACUAUUUCAAUUGUCCUUUCCAAUUAGGUGUCGUGCCUGCAGAGAUUAGUACUGCCUAUCAUGACUUACCAGAACAUGCUGUAAAUGAAGAAAUUGUUCUUCAACCUGAAGAUGUUGUUGUUAUGGCAACAGAUGGAGUUUGGGAUAACUUGUUCCCUGAAGACGUUGGUGCUUUAAUCGUUGAUCUUGAAGACAAUGUGUUUGCUGAUGCCUCUCAGGGUUCAAAUGCAUCUACCCCACUCCAAUCGCAUGAACUUGCCAAAUGUGUCACCCUACAAGCAAGAACUGUUUCACUUGACAGAAACGCACGAACACCAUUUGCUGUAGGAAGUGGUUUCAGAUUCAUGGGUGGAAAAUUUGACGAUAUCACCACCGUGUGUUUCAUUGCAUAA